AUGGGAACCGCGAGGACCUACCGCCUCUGCCAGCCCCCACUGUCACCCCCGUACUGCCCAGGCAGGGCUGGCUGGCUGUGCCCCAAGGCUCACUCUACCGUCCUCCACAGGGGUCUCAGGGGACAGGCUGAGCAGGAGAACAGGAGCCCUGUGGGUCCUCGAGCAGUGCCCUCAAGGACCCUGCAGAGGCGGCCUUGGUGAAAGCCAGGGAGGAAUCUCCCCGCUGAAGGUGCUCACAGCAUCUCCUUGUCCCUCCCCCAGGUGCCCUCAUUGCUGCCUUCCUGCCCACACUCCCGCCUGCUGGCCCUGACCUGUGUCAUCAUGCCUCGGGGCCAGAAGAGCAAGCGCCGUGCCCGCGAGAAACGCCACCAGGCCCGGGGGGAGACGCAGAGUCUCAAGGCUGCCCAGGCCAGUGAGGCGGCGGCGGCGGCGGCGGCAGAGAUAGAAGAGUCGCCCUCCUCCCCCGCUUCUGUUUCUCGGGGUACUCCCCCGAGCUCCCGUGCUGCUGGCGCUCGCCAGGAGCCUCAGGGAGCCCCAGCCACUAGCUGUCGUGAUGCAGGGGUUCCAUGCCCAGGAUAUGAAGAGGGUACCCGGGCGAGCCAAGAUGAGGCAAGUGCAAGUACCUCCCAGGCAGCACCUUCCACUCACAGCACUUGGAGAGAUCCUCUGUCCAGGAAGGCCAGCAUGUUGGUGCAGUUCCUGCUGGAGAAGUACAAGAUGAAGGAGCCCAUCCCGCAGGCAGCAAUGCUGAAGACUGUCAACAAGAAGUACAAGAAGCACUUCCCCGAGAUCCUCAGGAGAGCCUCUGAGCGCAUGGAGCUGGUCUUUGGCCUCGAGCUGAAGGAAGUCGACCCCAGCCGUCACUCCUACGCCCUCAUCAGCAAGCUGGCCCUCCCCAGCGAGGGAAGUCCGAGUGAUGAGUUGGGGCUGCCCAAGUCCGGUCUCCUGAUGAUUCUCCUGGGCACGAUCUUCAAGAAGGGCAACCGUGCCACCGAGGAGGAGAUCUGGGAACUCCUCAAUGCGGUGGGUUUGUAUGCUGGGAGGAGGCACUUGAUCUUUGGGGAGCCCAGGAGGCUCAUCAGCGAAGAUUUCGUGCAGCAGAAGUACCUGACGUACCGCCAGGUGCCCAACAGCGAUCCUCCGCGCUAUGAGUUCCUGUGGGGCCCGAGAGCACACGCUGAAACCAGCAAGAUGAAAGUGCUGGAGUUUGUGGCCAAGGUCACUGGUACCGUCCCCAGUGCCUUCCCAGAUCUCUAUGAGGAGGCUCUGAAAGAUGAGGAAGAGAGAGCAGGCGUGAGAGCCGCGGCCAGGGCUGCAGCUGUUGCUCAGCGCAGUGCACUUCCAGGGCCAAGGCCCGCAGCUCCUCCCACAUCUAGGGAGGGAGGCCGCGGGCAGUUUGUUCACUUUGUUUUAGAAGAGAGCAGUCAAGCUCCUAAAGAGUGCAGCGUAAAAUUCCAAGAAGGCAAUGCCUUUGUUCUUAGGAGCACAGCUUCAGGGGAGUGGAGGGUGGAGUCCUGGGUCUGGUCAGGCAUCACGAUGAGGACCCUGAAUGAGGAGCAAGAGGACCACUCACUCCAGAACAGAGGAGAAUGCAGAGUCCCACCCCCUGAUGUCAGCCCCAGGCGGCCCAGGACAAAGCUUUCUGGCUGCCGUGCCCCCUCUUUCCACUGGGAGUGGUCUCAGGGAGGCGAGGGCCUUGGUCUAUUGGGAACAGCCUCACUCGAGCAACAGAGAGGAGGAAGCCCAGGCCCUGGCUGCCGUCCACCUAAAGAUCCUGAAGAUGAACUGAGCAGACUCCCCGCCCUAGAACACGGAAGGUCCCACUGGCAGCCCUUUCUGUCACCCCAGGGACACUCAGGUAGGCUGGCAGCCUGUAGCCCGAGGCUCACUCUACCGUCCUCCACAGGGGUCUCAGGGGACAGGCUGAGCAGGAGAACAGGAGCCCUGUGGGUCCUCGAGCAGUGCCCUCAAGGACCCUGCAGAGGCGGCCUUGGUGAAAGCCAGGGAGGAAUCUCCCCGCUGAAGGUGCUCACAGCAUCUCCUUGUCCCUCCCCCAGGUGCCCUCAUUGCCUGCCUUCCUGCCCACACUCCCGCCUGCUGGCCCUGACCUGUGUCAUCGUGCCUCGGGGCCGGAACAGCAAGCGCCGUGCCCGCGUGAAACGCCACCAGGCCCGGGGGGAGACGCAGAGUCUCAAGGGUGCCCAGGCCACUGAGGCGGCGGCGGCGGCGGCGGCGGCAGAGAUAGAAGAGUCGCCCUCCUCCCCCGCUUCUGUUUCUCGGGGUACUCCCCCGAGCUCCCGUGCUGCUGGCACUCGCCAGGAGCCUCAGGGAGCCCCAGCCACUAGCUGUCGUGAUGCAGGGGUUUCAUGCCCAGGAUCUGAAGAGGGUGCCCAGAGCCAAGAUGAGGAUAGCGAGUCACAGAUGAGCGGGCCUGCCCCAUCCUGGACGGUUCGUCUUUCCCUCCCCUACCUGGACACUGGUGGUUGGAGCAUGCCCAGAGAUCCUCCCUCUCGUGGUCAAGGACCACUGCUCGGUUUCCAGCCAUACCAGGACCAAGCAAGACAAAACCGCCAGCACAGGUUGACGCAGGCGCACCAAGACCUAAAAGGUGACUCAAGGUAA